CUAUUUCUCAACCCAAUAGUCCAACUUAUGACCACGCCUAUUUUCGCAACAAAGCAUUGGAUCAAUAUCCUAAUUUAUAUAGAGAAUUUAGUAGUGAAAAUGUUAAUUAUUAUGGAAUUACUGACAAGACUUCAUGUCCAUUAUGCAAGUUAGAUCAUAAUGAUGAGGAAGGUAUAAAAGGUAGAUAUGAAGCCAGAUCCUAUUUUAUUAAAUGUGAACAGCGUGAAAUUGAGAUAGUUGCAUAGUCUCAUUAUUUUAUAUUAUAUUCUAUUUGCUCACGCUUCAUUGUGUAAUAUUUUUUAGGGCUAAUUAUGUCAACUAUUAGUCUAUUACAAAAUUUAAAUUGAUUCGCAAUCAUAGAAAAAAGUCAACAUGUCCAAGUCCGAUAAAGUAUUAACCCCCGAAUAUCUGGAUUGGCAUGCCAAAUUAACUGGUUUACCAAGUGUUUUGACAGAUAGGAUUCGGUCCAGCUUAUACAAAAAAUAUAAAAAAGAAACUGGAUAUGAGUCAUGGCAAUUAUCAAAAGCCCGCCUUCUCAUAAAUUUGAAGCCAGAAAACAAAGUAUCCUAUUUAUCUUUUUCUGAGCAAUGUGAAGAAAAAGGGCCUAUCACCUUCGAAGCCAGACCCGAUCCAGAAUCAAUUAUCAAAUCCAUCUUAGAGCACUUCCCAUACUUGAAAUUCGGAAAUAGUUUCAGAGGGAUUGAUAAUUAUGAUUUUAUAUCACCUCAGCCGUGGAGCUCAUCAUGCCCUAUUUGUGAUGGAAAACAUGGGAAUUAUGGAUUACAUGGCAAAUGGUACUGCGAAAUGGGAAUCAGCUCCCUUAUAAUCCUGAAAUAGCGAAGUUCUAUUCUCAAGAUAAGUUGGAAUAUUGUCUCACCUGCAACACUUCAAGCAAUAAACUCAAGUUCGCGAUAAUAGCCACGUGAUGGCAUUUUUGCGAAAAAAAGCAUUGGUAUCUGUAUGGAUCAAUAGUCAAGGCAGUAAAUAUGCGAUUAUAUCAAAGGAUCUCACUCGAUAAGCAUAUUUUGAGAAUGCAGUCCUAAAUCAGCCUAUUUCUGCAUGAGAGAUAAGUAGUUUAUUAAGUAACGAGAUCCGGGAACUUCACAUUCCAUAUAGUCAUUUUAGAUUAAUUCUAUUAUUCGCAUAGUUUCGCAAGUAUAAAAAAUUCUGUGACAAUUGAUUAUGCUUGGUAUCAUGUGAUUAUUACUAAAUCUGUGCGACAAUCGGUCUUAUAAAUAUCCGUUUCAAAGAAAUCUCC